AGGACCUGGUUGUUCUUCAGUUGGGGUUGGUGCAUUCUCAGAGAAUGGGCCUUUUAGACCCAGUGGGCAGAUGCUAGUCAGAAAUGAGUACAGUUGGAACAGAGAAGCGAAUAUGUUGUUUUUGGAGUCACCAGCAGGAGUUGGGUUCUCUUAUUCCUCUGAUAACUCCUAUUAUGGUGGAGUUGAUGAUAACAUGACUGCUAUGGACAAUCUUGUGUUUCUUCAACGCUGGUUUGAGAAAUUCCCACAAUAUAAGAAUAGGGAUCUCUACAUAGCUGGAGAAAGCUAUGCAGGUCACUACAUUCCUCAGCUUGCCAAUCUCAUGGUUCAAUUCAACAGGAGAGAAAAAAAUCUUCAACCUCAAAGGAAUUGCUUAUUUCCUCAAAGAUUUGAUGUCGGGGACUAUGAGAACGACCUAGUCAUCCAAGAUUCCAUAAAGAAAAAGUGUCGAAGUAUAUAUAGAAAUUGGAAGCAUGAGUUGCACGCCUAUUAUCUUGGUUUAAUAGAGAAGGGAGUACCUGAUCCCAAGAACCAUCCACCGAAGCGUGUGGAGCCUAAUGAUUGGGUAUCGAUGAUCGAUGUGUGGGAAACUGAAGAAUGGAAGGGGACUAUUUUGAAUGUUUUUUCCACCUUUGGCAUCAGAAGUGUAACUCAUACAAGUUUGAAGACAUUUGGCAUCAGAAUGAAUCAUGGAAUUCAGCUAAUGUUUGCCAGAGUAGCAUGUUUUGCUCAGCUUGGUGAGGAGAAUCAGUUACACUCGGCGUGCACGAUGGUGUAUAACGCCGCCAAGCUUCUUAGAGAAUGGGUUUCUUUCCCAUUCGCGAUUGGAAUCGAUAAAUUCGUUAUUAUCGAUAACGGCAGCGAUGACGAUCUCUCUAACGUGCUGUCAAGCUUGCUGACGACGGGCUUGAACGUCAGCACCAUAUACUGGCCGUGGCAGAAGACGCAAGAAGCCGGGUCUCCCCACUGCGCCGCGGCAGCGCACGUUAGCGGCGACUGCGCAUGGAGCCUUCUCGACGUCGACGAGUUCCUCUUCCCUUCAUGGGCCGGCUCAGCCCGGCCCAACAAAACAAUGAUCCGGUCCAUCAUCGGCCCGGACUCCCCCUACCAGGCGUGGGGGAGCUUCAGGAAGAAGUUCCGGCGGAGGGUCGCCUACGUGGCCGACUGGACGGAGAGGAGGAACGUGGGGUCCAGGUACCAGGACGCCGGGCUGGGGUUCACUGACGACGUGGAGCCGGAGUGGUGGGCCAGGACGGGUGCGAGAGGAGGGACGAGGGCUGAAGAGGGUGGUGGAGAGGUGGUUCAGGAGGCCAACGGGGAGGUUUGACUGGGAAUUGUAGUUUAGGGUUUUGGUGGAGGUUUUUUGGAAUGAUUUGUUGGUGUCGUUGAAUUUGUUUGUUGUUUUGUAAAAAUGAUGGAGGAUUUAGGAAUAUUUUGAGAUUUUUUCUUUUUCCUUCUUCCCCUUAUUUUUUUUUUUCGGGUGUAAAUUUGGAUUUGGAAUGGAAGGAGAGCAUGGGUGGAGGAUAAGAGGAAUGUUGAUGGAAGUAGGUACGUGCAUGCAUGGGUUCAGUUGAUCGGGAAUGUAUGCCAAUGUUGUUUAAA